GGAAGGAGAGAGUGUGAAGGAGAAGGCGAAGGAAGCAGAGAGUAAUGAAGAGGAGGAGGAGGAGGAAGAGGAAGAGGAAGAUGAGGAGGAGGAGGAAGGAGAGGGGAAGUCAGAUCAAGGCAGAGCUGGGCUGAGUAACGGGGGAGAAAAUGUGGCAGGAAGGAGGGGGGUUCCAGUGUGCUCUGCUACUGCUCCCUUGAGUGACAGCAGGAGCAACGUUUCCAGUAAUGGCAGCAGCAGCGUCACCAACAACAGCAGCAGCAGCAGCCUGAGUACUCUGCUGUCGUCUGUUGCCCACCGCAAGGCACAGCACCAGCAGCAACAGGGCAACAGCAGCACCCUCUUCGACGCUCUCCUCUCCAACACUCGCACCAGCAAUCGCAGCAGCAGCAGCAGCAGCACCACCACCACCUCUACCACCACCACAGGCACCAGCACCAGCACCACCCCCACCACGACAGCUGUCCAUGCCGUCUGCAGCAGUAAUAGCAACACUGCUGUUACGCGAACUGCUGCUGUGGCUGCUUCUGAUGCCCCUGUUGCUACUCGUCCCCCCUCCAUUUCCCCUACUCCUGCCCGUCCACUUGCUGCCGCUCCUCCCCUCACCACUCCUCCCCUCACCACCCCUCCCCUCACCACCCCUCCCCUCACCACUCCUCCCCUCACCACUCCUCCCCUCACCACCCCUCCCCUCACCACUCCCCCCCUCACCACCCCACCACUCACCGCUCCCCACCCCACUGCUCUUCCCCCCGCUCGCCCUCUCUCCACCCCUCCUCCCCCCGCCACCCCCACCAACCCCCCGCCCCUCUCAGUCAUCCUAAUCGACACCGACACCCCCUCCUGGCAGCUCUCCCUAGCCGCAAUCCGUUCCAACCGCCUCUUCACCCGCUGUCCAGUCGUGCUCGUGGUAGCCCGCACCGGCCCCGAGGUCGAGGGGGUGGCAGCAGCAGCUGGCGUGGCGGUGCUGCUGCUGAAGCCGCUGCGGAGGGCGUCGGUGGGUGCGGCGCUGGUACAGGCCCUGGGGUUGUCGCGGCUGGACUCGUCUCAUGUGGCGAACCCGGGCGCGCCCGUAGGGGCGACUGUGGCUGAGAAGCUGCAGCAGAUGAUGAAGGGGAAGAGGAUCCUGUGUGUUGAUGACAACAUGGUGAACCUGCGGGUGGCGUGCAAGAUGCUGUCCAAGUACGGUGUAUCCACCGCCACAGCCUCCAGCGGCCAGCGGGCGCUGCAGCUGCUGCAGCCGCCGCACCAGUUCGACCUUGUUUUCAUGGACCUGCAGACAUUGCUGCAGGCACUGCACCCGUUGGACCUCGUGUUGACGGACCUGCAGAUGGACGGCUAUGAGACCUGUCGCAGAGCGCGGCAGUUAGAGCAGGAGCACACAUCCCCGCGCGUGCCCAUUGUUGCUUUGACAGCAGAUGUGCUCAAGGGCACCAAGGAGAAGUGCAGCCAGGCGGGCAUGGACGGGUACAUCACGAAGCCCAUUGACCCCAACAACCUCUACUCCAUGAUGCUGCGCUUCUUCCAUGCCAGACCCACUUGAGGGGAAGCACCCCUCGCUGCUGCAUCAUCAUCAUCAUCAGCAGCAGCAGCAGCAGCAGCAGCAGGAGCAGCAGCAGCAGGAGCAGCAGCAGCACCACCACCACCACCACCACCACCACCACCAGCAGCAGCUGCUGCUUUGGAGGGGGGACCUCAAUAGCAGGCUCCUAGCACCAUCACCCACUAACAGCGGCACCACCCACCAACUGCAGCAGCACAGUCGGCAUCGCUGCCGGCACCAACCUAUGACUUAUUUCCGGUACCAGUCUACUGGUAUUGGGCAUCACUACCGGGUAGCCUUGAUUUGUUGGGCUCUGCAAGCAAUGCAGUUACAUACCGUACCAACUCUAGCACCUACAGGCAGAACCCAGUGCUCUCAGCAGCACUUGAAUUGCGCCAUGCAUGCUUGCAUGUAGUGCAGCGCAGAGACAGCACAGGGAGGGACAGAUACAUGGUGGGGUGCUAAGGAUAGUGCAUGUAGCGCAGUGCACUGUAACACGCACCUCUACCUUUGCCUGCGUUUGAAACGCAGAACCUAGUGCUGGAUGGAAUGGAAUGCACCAUACAUGCAUGCAUGCAGUGCAGAGACAGCACAGGAGGAGGAGCAACCGAGCAGGUAGUAAUGAUGACGUGUCGAGGCGCGUCCCCCUUCAGAUUCGUUUCAAACUGCAGUGCAAACAAAAACGCUGCAGCUUUUCUGGGGUUCUAACUCCUAAGCAUUGGUCAUUAUUUUAUGUAGCAAUGUAAAAUAAUGCUUCUCGCACUGCAGCGAAAUACACUGAUGGGUAACAC